AUUUCACACAACACUCCCUAUUUCCCCUGCUUGUAGCAACGAGGCGAUAUAUAAUAUGUCGUUAUAUAUAUUAUUUAAUUGAAUUCCUUUCCUUCUUCAUACUCCAUACAUCCUCGCUCCCAACACAAUAUUAUGGAGCGAAAGGAUGAAAACUCAAUGAUUCUUAGCAUCGGCCAAAAACCAAUGCCAAUUACCCCUCAUGAUACUAAUGAUAAUGAUAAUAAUAAAACCACUCCUUCCCUCAAGAAGGGUAAGCGGUCCAAGAACAUUUUCAAGGUGGCAUUGUUCAUGAUGCGAGGGCGUUCGCGAAAAGCCAAAGCGCUCGCUGUGGAUGACGAAUCCAAGAGCAUGUGGAGGAAGAUCGUGGGGUCCAUGAGGCCAUUGCACCUACAAAGCAUGCAUUCUCCAACGCGCGAUAACAACAACAACAACAACAAUAUUAUUCCUCAACCUAAUAAAAAGAUGAUUACCUUACCGCUGUCCGAAAACGGCGACGAGGGGUUUGAUUCUGCGUCGGAGUUUGUGAACUCGCCGUCUCCGUCUAGUAGCCGUUACGCCUCCGCGGUUGGGCUGAACGAAAUGGUGCAAGAGGAGGAGGAGAAGGUGGAAGAGGUUGGUGUUGAGAAGGAGAAUGAUGAUGAUAUUGAUGCGAAGGCUGAGGAGUUCAUUGCUCAGUUUUACCACGAAAUGAGGUUGCAGCGCUUGGAUGUCAUGGAUCGUCAUUACAAAGAGAUAAGCAUGAGGUCAUUAGGCUUAUACGAUGGUGAACCAUGAUCUGCUUUAACCUCUGUCAUACGUGCUUCCAUCAAAUAUUGCACCCUAUGCAUGCAUGCAUGCAUGCGCCAGAAUUUCCUUUUUGCUUUCCUAGCCUUUCCUUUUCUCCAGUUUCUUUUUGCUAGAACUACCCUUCUUUAAACCUAGAAGAGGUGUAUACUUAUACAUUCAUAUAUAUGUAUAAAGUGGUCCUAGCGGCGGACGAGGUUUCUCGCCCACAGUGAUCCUAUAAAUUUGUCUA